AUGGAGUACGAAACACGGAUUUUGGUACGACUGUUACUUGUUGUGCUACCUCUAUUUGUGAUCGUGUCCCGUUUGAUAUUUGUGUUGCCCUCAGUUAACUCCCCUGUCAUCAAUGACCGUGCUGAUGGCGCUGAGCUUCCUUCAUGGUUAUCAGGUUCAAACAUUAUGAUAUUUCUUGGUUCUGGUGGGCAUACUGGUGAGAUGAUGAGCAUACUUUCCAAGGUGAACUUGACACAGCUCAACAGGAUUUGGGUGGUAUCAUCUAAUGACUCAACUUCCAUAUUAAAAUGCAAGGAGUAUGAAGACACCUUAAAGACGAAUACGGCGCCGCUGUUUAUCAGUCUUCUUAGAGCCCGAGAUGUGGGUGAACCAUUAUUGCUGUCUUUGAAGAGCACAAUACGAUCCUUCAUCGAUACGUUUCUCAAACUCCGCCAAUUGCCCCAACUCCCAGACGUGCUACUUGUUAACGGACCCGGAACCAGCGUGCCCAUUGCAUACAUGCUCUUCUUAUUUAGGUUCUUGGGAGUUGGAAACACUCGAAUCGUGUACAUCGAGAGUCUUGCUAGAGUCAAUGACUUGAGUCUUUCUGGAAAGUUGUUGUUACCCAUCACAGACAGAUUCAUUGUACAAUGGCCUGCUGUGGCAAACAGAUACAAACGUGCAGAAUACUACGGAGUUCUUAUAUAG